AUGGCAAUGUCUUGCAAAGAUGGCAAGUUGGGAUGUUUGGAUAAUGGCAAGUAUGUGAGGUACACACCUGAACAAGUCGAAGCACUUGAGAGGCUUUAUCAUGACUGUCCUAAACCGAGUUCCAUUCGCCGUCAGCAGUUGAUCAGAGAGUGUCCUAUUCUCUCUAACAUUGAGCCAAAACAGAUCAAAGUGUGGUUUCAGAACCGAAGGUGCAGGGAGAAACAGAGGAAAGAGGCUUCACGGCUUCAAGCUGUGAAUAGGAAGUUGACGGCUAUGAACAAGCUCUUGAUGGAGGAGAAUGAUAGGUUGCAGAAGCAAGUGUCACAUCUGGUUCAUGAAAACAGCUACUUCCGUCAACAUACUCACAAUCCUUCACUCCCAGCUAAAGACACAAGCUGUGAAUCGGUGGUGACGAGUGGUCAGCACCAAUUAGCAUCUCAGAAUCCUCCUAGAGAUGCUAGUCCUGCAGGACUUUUGUCCAUUGCAGAAGAAACUUUAGCAGAGUUUCUUUCAAAGGCAACUGGAACCGCUGUUGAGUGGGUACAGAUGCCUGGAAUGAAGCCUGGUCCGGAUUCCAUUGGAAUCAUCGCUAUUUCUCACGGUUGCGCUGGUGUGGCAGCACGCGCCUGUGGCCUAGUGGGUCUUGAGCCUACAAGGGUUGCAGAGAUCGUCAAGGAUCGGCCUUCGUGGUUUCGCGAAUGCCGAGCUGUUGAUGUUAUGAAUGUGUUGCCUACAGCCAACGGUGGAACCAUUGAGCUGCUUUAUAUGCAGCUCUAUGCACCGACUACUUUGGCGCCACCACGUGAUUUCUGGUUGUUGCGUUACACCUCUGUUCUAGAAGAUGGCAGCCUUGUGGUGUGCGAGAGAUCUCUUAAGAGCACUCAAAAUGGUCCAAGUAUGCCACUGGUUCAAAAUUUUGUUAGAGCAGAGAUGCUUCCCAGUGGCUACUUGAUACGGCCUUGUGAUGGUGGUGGCUCGAUCAUACACAUAGUGGAUCAUAUGGAUUUGGAGGCUUGUAGUGUGCCUGAGGUCUUGCGCCCGCUCUAUGAGUCACCAAAAGUACUUGCGCAGAAGACAACAAUGGCAGCGCUGCGCCAGCUCAAACAAAUAGCUCAAGAGGUUACUCAGACUAAUAGUAGUGUUAAUGGCUGGGGACGACGUCCUGCUGCCUUACGAGCUUUGAGUCAAAGGCUAAGCAGGGGCUUCAAUGAGGCUGUUAAUGGUUUCACCGAUGAAGGCUGGUCGGUGAUAGGAGACAGCAUGGAUGAUGUCACAAUCACUGUGAACUCUUCUCCAGACAAGCUGAUGGGUUUGAAUCUUACAUUCUCCAAUGGCUUUGCUCCUGUUAGCAAUGUGGUUUUAUGCGCAAAAGCCUCCAUGCUAUUACAGAACGUUCCUCCGGGGAUCCUACUUCGGUUUCUGAGGGAGCAUAGAUCAGAAUGGGCUGACAACAACAUUGAUGCAUAUCUAGCAGCAGCGGUCAAAGUGGGGCCUUGUAGUGCCAGAGUUGGAGGAUUCGGAGGGCAGGUUAUACUUCCACUUGCUCACACUAUUGAGCAUGAAGAGUUCAUGGAAGUCAUCAAACUGGAAGGUCUUGGUCAUUCCCCUGAAGAUGCAAUAGUUCCAAGAGAUAUCUUCCUUCUUCAACUUUGUAGCGGAAUGGAUGAAAACGCUGUUGGAACUUGCGCUGAACUUAUCUUUGCUCCAAUCGACGCUUCUUUUGCGGAUGAUGCACCUCUGCUUCCUUCUGGUUUUCGUAUUAUCCCUCUUGAUUCCGCAAAGGAAGUAUCUAGUCCAAACAGAACCUUGGAUCUUGCUUCUGCGCUGGAAAUUGGUUCAGCUGGAACAACAAAAGCCUCAGCUGAUCAAUCAGGGAACUCCACAUGUGCAAGAUCUGUGAUGACAAUAGCGUUUGAGUUUGGUAUAGAGAGCCAUAUGCAAGAACAUGUAGCAUCAAUGGCUAGGCAGUAUGUUCGAGGUAUCAUAUCAUCGGUUCAGAGAGUUGCAUUGGCUCUCUCUCCUUCCCAUAUCAGUUCACAAGUCGGUCUACGCACUCCUUUGGGUACUCCUGAAGCCCAAACACUUGCUCGUUGGAUCUGCCAGAGUUACAGGUGCUACAUGGGCGUUGAGCUACUCAAAUCGAAUAGCGAAGGCAACGAAUCGGUUCUCAAGAACCUUUGGCAUCACACAGAUGCUAUAAUCUGCUGCUCAAUGAAGGCCAUGCCUGUCUUUACAUUUGCAAACCAGGCGGGACUGGACAUGCUAGAGACUACAUUGGUUGCUCUUCAAGAUAUCUCUUUAGAGAAGAUAUUUGAUGACAAUGGAAGAAAGACUCUUUGCUCUGAGUUCCCACAGAUCAUGCAACAGGGUUUUGCGUGUCUUCAAGGAGGGAUAUGUCUCUCAAGCAUGGGGAGGCCAGUUUCGUAUGAGAGGGCAGUUGCUUGGAAAGUACUCAAUGAAGAAGAGAAUGCUCAUUGUAUCUGCUUUGUGUUCAUCAACUGGUCCUUUGUUUGA